UGUAGUUAGUUAACUAGGCUUAGAUGUGGGGUAUGCGCAAAGGACCGAAUGCGCGAAAUUUCUCAACCAAUCAACGCACUUUUACCGGUACAAAACUGAAUUUUUAUCGCUUAUUUGUGAAAACUGAGCUCUGAUUGGUUGACGAAGUUUUUGCACUUUCGGUUAUUCGCGCAUGAGGGCAUUCGCUGACUUAGAUGUCUUGAGAGACAUUUAAGAUCGACUUAACAAUCCCUGACCCAUUGGUACUAGCAAUGAUAAAAUCAACGUUCUACGAUAAUGGUUAUUGUUAAGGAGAUCCUAAAUUUCGGGCUUGAUAGAUAUUGAUUGAUUCUUGCUAUGGGAACGGAGUUUGACAUGAGAUACCAUUGAUUUGCAAAGUAUCAAUUAUUUAUUGUUGUAGUAGUCGAUAUGUUAAAUGAGAAUCUGUUCAUGCUUUUAUUGGAACAUGUAACUAUUGGUGUACAAAUUGAAAAUAUCUAACGUAAGUUUGAUUAUUUGGUCGAAGAGAACUUCGAAUUUUGCGUGGCCGAGCGUCCAUUUUCAAUGUUCAUUUGAAAUUUUAAGAGCACUUAUAGCUUAUUUGAAAGUUCUUCUCAUCGAUAUAUUUAAUAGUUUCUUCGAUUACGUAUGUCUCAAACGUUUAUUAGUUGUUUUCUUUUUUAAAGCUAGGAGUGGGCAUGCUUUGAAGCGUUUUAAUCAUAUUUGUGGCCUCUGCGUAAUUAGUAAGCAUCAAUAUUUAGAUAGCGUCUUUAUAUUUGAUCCCGAGUUGCUACAAUCUGGUUUAACUUUGAAACGGUUAAAGAAGACAAUUAGGGUUGGAUUUCUGCCAGUGAUUUGUGGCUUCAAAUGGCAUCUCUAAUCACAUCACCUGGUUUCAUUCAAUUUGGUCAAUUUUCAGACGUAAUGUAAUCGCCUAUCAAGGCUUAAGAGGAAGCUACUUAUGGCUGCUUCUCGUUGCAAUGGUCGGAAGUUACCACUCUAUUUAUAUUUUAUUUUGUUUCCAUGUUGAACAUUUGAUGUACCUCAGUUGUGUUACUUACUAGCCAAAUAACCGAUAUUCACAUCAGCAACAUUUGUUAUAACCUUGUUUUCUUUUAGUUUAUUUAUUUAUUGCAAAAGGACGUUGUAUGAAACGCCGGUAUCAAAUGUGUUCCCUUAUAUCCCCAUUUAGUUUAAUUAUUCAUGUUCUUAUACUGCUUGUUAAUUUAUUGAACUUUUAGGCUGGUCAUUUGUGGCAAGUUCACUUUUAUUACUUGGAUAAAUUUAGUUAUUUCAUCGAGCUAUGAUGGAACAAGAACCAAUGGAGUUUUCCUGUCCCGUUAACAUGAACUCUCCCCAUAACCCCGACGCCUUUUUGUCGGACAUAGAUACGAUCCCAGAAACAGAUGAUGAUGACGUCACGAGGCAAGAUAACGAAGGUGGGAGUGACUUCAUUUUCCAGCAGGUCGAGUCAUUGGACAACCUCUUCGUGGAGCAUGGGCGAGAUAAACCCCCGAAGUUCAUCAAUGAGAGGUACCUUCUCGGAUCCCAACUGGGCCAAGGAUCGUAUGGGAAAGUGAAGCAGGUGUUGGAUACUUUCACAUUGCAGAAGUUGGCAGUGAAGAUCAUGAACAAACAGAAGCUGAAGAAAAUACCAAAUGGAGAACAGAAUGCACUGAACGAGUUCCGAAUAAUGCGAAAAUUGAGUCACAAGAAUGUAGUAGCUGUGUACCAGCUGCUCCAUCGAGAGGCCGAGAUGAUUACUUCGCCAGAAGGCGAAGGAGAGAGCCAGAAUGCCGACAACCCUGCCAACCACCCGACUACUCAAUAUGUUGGUGCUACAUCCACUUACAAGAAGCCAGAGAAACUGUACCUAUUAAUGGAGUAUUGUGUCUGCGGCUUGUACGAUCUGCUAGAAAAUGCACCUGAUAAGAAAUUGCCCACCUGGCAAGCGCACAAGUACUUCUGCGACCUGAUCGAUGGCAUUGAAUACUUACAUAGUCAGCGGGUCAUUCACAAGGAUAUCAAGCCGCAGAACCUGCUUCUGUCUCCAAACGAAACGCUCAAAAUAAGUGACUUCGGAGUUGCAGAAGAACUGAGUUUGUAUGCGAGCGAUGCAACCAUCAAAAGUAGUGCCGGCACUCCUAUGUUCCAACCCCCUGAAGUGGCAGCUGGGAAGGCAUCGUUUUGUGGAUUCAAACUAGAUGUAUGGUGUGCAGGCAUAACACUCUACAACAUAGUGACUGGGUCCUACCCGUUCGAAGGUCAAAACCUCUACCUUUUGUUGGACAACAUCUCCAAACAGUCAGUACACGUGCCUGUGGACUUGUCUCCUCAGCUGCAGAGUCUGCUCAAGUUCAUGUUGGAGAAGAAUCCACGUGACAGAUUUGGAGUGGCCCAAGUCAAAACACACAGAUGGGUUGUGCAAAAGCACUGCAUUACACCAGAACGGGUGUACAUGCCCAACUCAGUGCCACAUGAUUUACCCUACAGUCGCUGCAACUCGGUGGACUUCGUCAGCUCCCGCAGACAGACAAGGAGCGGGACCCUGACAUCCCAUAAAAACACACUACCUCUCCCUUACAACACCUCGGCCGCCUCUUUCAACUAUUUUGACAGUGGGCCCAGACAGCACAGUACCAGCCAUGGAGGACUGGAUUUCAUUAGUUCCUUAGAAAAAAUAUUCAAUUUGGCCGAUAGCGAAGUCGGGCACCGCAAAAUGGAAACAGAAGAUUUAAUGCACGUCGCAGGAGGGGGAUCCCAGCAUACAAACAAUCCUCAUUCAGAAUUGAAUUCCAAAAUACACGACACAAAAUCCUCCCCUCAAUCUCACAAAACAAAGGAUAACACAGCAGACUCCCCUAGACGCCCAUAUCAGCAGCAACACCACGCUAAGAAUGGCAGCAAUGAGCCCUCGAAAAGCAAACGGGACCCUAGAUUACCACGAGUUCCCAAUUCUUCGACAAACGAAAGUUUGAAACCCACUCCGAAAAGCAAGAAACAGUGUUCGCUUAUGUAGUAUGCUUAUAUGGCCUACAUUUGACCGAUGCUUUUGGCUAUUUUGACAAAUUUCACGACUAUGUUAAGUUAUUAUAUUUGGGGUCCAAUUUGUCUGAAGUCUACUGAUUUCGAUUUUAAGCGUCGAUUAAAAAAUGUUCUUGAAAAAGCCAUUUUCAGACUGCUCUUCGUGCUAUCUUGGGCUGAAGUGUUGUCGAUAUGUUGUAUUGGACGUUAAAAGCAGUCUUUUUUAUUUGUCAUGUUAGGAUGCGUGUGCGAUUAGAUCCAUAAGUGUGUACAUUUCACCUAAUCUUAUUUUUGAAAUAAAGAAUAUUCGCUGACAUGCAAAUAGACAUUCUUAGUUUCUUACUUCUAAACUUGAUACCAUAAUUAAUAAUUUAAUCUUUGCUUAGUA